AUGAUAAUCUCCCUUUUUUCAAGAGACCCGAUAAUUGUGUGGCCGAAAUUUGGCCAGCCGCCAAAUACAGGAGUCCUGAUCAAUGGACACUACGCGUUUGGUGAUAUCUAUCAACUAGACAGAAAUUUAGAGCCUCCACUGGCGGAUGUGUACGGAAAGAGUGUGGAUCUGAGACCCCCAACAAGAAUUGGAUACCUGCAGGAAAAUAAAGUUUUGACAGAGAGGAAUGCCAUACCUGUCGCUCUUUCUCCGAAACAGAAUGUGGCAGUAAAAAAGCAAUACCACAUGACACGCAAGGAGAUAGGAUCGCUAAUUGGGAAGAAAGGAAAGGAUAUCGAGCGAAUCCGAGAACAGACAACAGCGAAGAUCAAAAUACACGACACGGCAGACACAGAAAACGUGGCUUUGGUUCCGGGCAUGAACCAAAUGCAACUGCUGGAAAUUAUCGGGCUCAAGGAAGAAGUGAAGGAAGCCGAGCAGCUGAUCCAAAAGAAAAUCAGCCAGUGGCGUGCUACCAAAAGUUGA